AUGGAAGGGCAAAUAACAGAAAAAAAGCGAUCAGAAAAUUAUGUGGAUGAAAAUCAUGAAAUGUCGGGAGUAGAUGAAGAUUAUUCAGAAGCAUUUCGAAAGAAAACAAAAUUAAAAAGAGAAUUAAAUGUACUUAAUCAUGAAACGUUUACACAGAAUUUGAAUACAACACAUGAGGAGUCGCAUGCACGAUUAGAAGAUAUUCAACAAGAAUUAGCAUCGGAAUUUCAUCCGGAUUUAUCGAUGCUAGAACAUUUGCCUACGGUAGGACAAGAUCCACAUGCAUUUUUACAUGAAGAAGCACCACAACAAAUUAUGGAUCCGAAUCAAAAUUUAUGUAUACAAUCAUUGCCGAUUUUAGAUAAUCUUUCUUCUCAAAUUCUUUCAAUUCUUGGUAAAGGGCCUCAUCAGGAAACAUUAAAUAUAGUGACUCGGCCGGAUACAGCGAAAGGUCAAGCAUAUCGUACGUUAACAUCACUUUUUAAUCAAGUCAAGAAAUUAUAUUCAACAGAGGCCUUUCUUAACCCAGAUUUACUUGAUUUGCGUGCACCACAACAUCGUGCAACCAUUAGGAAAGUAAACCUUGCGACAUUUGUAUCAUCAGUUUUUGGCUCGGUUGAAGUCGGUUUCUUUCAUUUAAAUGAACAUUUUCUUGACACAUUUGUGCCUGAUGGAGCACGACUUCUUAAGUCACAAAGUGCACUUUUUUUAAAUUUAAAAACACAAGCCUAUAUUAGUGCCAUAGAUCAAGGCGAGAAACCGAAAGAAGAGAUUCUAGACGAUCUUUUUCCUCCAAAUAUGGACCAAAUUCUUCUUCGGAGAAGAAAUGGAGCGAAAAAUCUUACUCCUAAUGAAAGUGAUUUUGUAGCUCGUUGCAAAUCACGUAAAAAUCAUCUCGCUAAAUUUCCCGUUAAUGAGAAUUUAAGCGAAAAAUAUGUUUGGCAGAUUUUUCUUCGUGAUGUUUCCGAAUAUAUUACACGAAAUUACGAGUCAAUUGUUUCUCAGCCUAUUCGUCGUCAUCGCCGCAUUUCUUCCAAAAUACAGGCCUCUUCUCAAGGACACCCAUCAGAAUCUGUUCUUCAAGUAGCUCUAUAUCGCCAAAAUCAAGAUCCAGGAAGUAACAAAUCAAAUCAUAUGACCCAUAUUCAACAUAUUGCUCAAAUGCAACAAAUAGGACAUAUACAAGAUUUGCAUGAUGAUACUGAUGAAGCAACUGCAAUGGCUCUUAAUGGGGUCGAUGCCAACUUGUUUACAGAUUCUAACCUUCAUCUUAAUCUUUCACCUACUACCGAACAUGCACUUUCUACACAACAGCUCUAUGAGCAAGCACGUCAAGCUGCUCGCCCAUCUCCUUCUCGUAGAGGAAAACCAGCGCAAAGACGUCCAUGGACAAAAGAAGAAGAGCAGGCACUAUUUGCUGGUCUUGAUCAAGUCAAAGGUCCUCAUUGGAGUCAGAUUCUUACUCUUUAUGGUGCAGGUGGUACAAUUAGUGAAGCAUUGAAGGAUAGAAAUCAAGUACAGCUAAAAGACAAAGCUAGAAAUCUAAAACUUUUUUUCCUUAAAAAUCAACUUGAAGUUCCUCCAUAUCUAAGAUUUGUUACCGGGGAUUUAAAACGUGAAUAG